AUGGCUGGCCUAGCAUUGUUCAAUGUUCCACCACAAAGAAGACCACGACAUUUUCGCAAUAGGGAUGGCUUUCCUUUAGAGUUUAUUGAUGAGGAGUUAAGGGCAAGAUACAGAUUCAGCCGACAAAGUAUCAUGGUUAUCUCGGACCUUGUAAGAGAUGACUUACAGAGAGGGACACACAGAAACCAUGCACUCACUGUGGAACAGCAAGUCAUGGUUACCCUAAUAUUUUUGGCCAGGGGAAUUUUUAUUCAAGUUGUUGGAGACACACUUGGGUUGGACAAAUGCACAGUGUCAAGAGUUGUACAGGACACUACGGCUGCAUUGUGUAAGAGGCAGAACGAGUUCGUUAAAUGGCCAAGAAGCGACGCAGAAAAAAACAAGAUAAAGGCUGGCAAUUACAGAAUUGGAGGGUUUCCCAAUGUUAUUGGAGCCAUUGAUGGGACGCACAUACGUAUCCAUGCACCUAUCAUUGAUGAGGCAUCCUAUGUCAACAGGAAAGGUUACCACAGCAUCAAUGUGCAGGCUGUGUGUGAUGCAGAUGGAAAAUUUACAAAUAUCAACACAUCAUGGCCAGGAAAUGCACAUGAUGCACACAUCUUUAGAACUUCACAGGUAUGUACACACAUGGAAAGGACACUUAAUUGGGAAAGUGGCAUCUUACUUGGGGAUAGUGGAUAUCCAUGCCGCCCUUUCAUCAUGACGCCUUAUGCCCGUCCUGCAAAUGAAGACCAGACAAGGUUUAACAAGCAUCAUGCAAGAACAAGAUGUGUAAUAGAAAGGACAUUUGGGAGAUGGAAAAGGCGUUUUCAUGUACUUCAUUCAGAGAUUCGUAUGAAACCUGAAAAGGCAUGUAGUAUUAUCAUGGCUUGUGCCAUUCUGCACAAUAUAGCUUUGUGUAUGAAUGAGCCUGACCUUCCAGAAGAUCAAGAAGAGGAGAUGCCUAAUGUAGACGCAGUGUACAAUGGAGCCAAUGAUGGAAGGAGAAUUAGGGAUCACAUCACUCAGAUGUACUUCACCAAUUAAAUUCACACAUUAAAUUCUUAAUUACCUUUCCACAUUAUUUUGUUACUCUUUAUUUUUCUAGAGGUAGAAGUUAUGCUUCCCACAUAAAUUGUAUGUACAGGCACUUUA